AUGGAGAUAAGCAGAGACAGAAUGAGAGACAAACUUUGUUUGACUCAGAAGCAAUAUCUGAAUAACAGGGAAUUUUAUCCCAUACCCCCCCUUCUUGUUUACGCCUUCAUCUCCAGGAUGGCGGGUGUGAGCUUCAAAUACUGGAAUGACUGUGUGGAUCUUAAAGAUUUGGAAGCAAUGUGGAUGGAACCUGACGUUAGAACUGAAUGGAUCAAUGUUGGAGAGACUAAGGGAUCUAAGGUCCACCUCUCACGUGAUCCUGAUGGCCAUCCUUAUUUAACACAGACGGAGAUGAGGGCCGUUGCAGGAAUCAUUGUCCAAAGGCACUUUGUCUCACAGAUAGACUCGGACAUGCUUUGUGCAAUUGCUGAGCUUGAAAGUGAUAGGCAACCUCUUGCGACAAGCUAUAACAAAAAAUAUGAAGAGGUCAAGAUGGGGAUUAUGCAAAUCUCGCCGAAAAUUGCAGAGUGGCUAAUAAGGGAGUUGGAUUACAGGGCCUAUCACACGCUCGAGGACCCAAGACUUCUGUAUAAGCCGUUUCUUAAUGUUUAUUUUGCAGCAGCCUAUCUUAAGUGGCUAUCAAACCUUGACCAAAAGGAAAGAAGUGAAGAGUUCAUGGUUAGGGCUUAUAAAGGUGGUACAAAGAAAGCUACUCACAAGUCAACUUUGCCAUAUUGGAGAAAGUAUCUUUCUGUUAAAGAAAGUCUUCCUUCCAGAAAAGCUUUUGGAGUUGGUCCUUCUCCUAUUAUUAUUACUCCUUCCUUUGAUGCUGCAGUUUCACAUAGCAAAGGACCGGAACCUGUCAAUACAACUUGGGACUCAAGGACUUCCCCUGAAGACAUGGAAGAAAUGUGGAACAAUCCUGAGAUAAACAAGGAAUGGACGAAAUCCGGUGAGAGAAAAGGGAAAGUACGAUUCUCUCAUGAUAUAGAAAAGCAUCCUUACCUUUCUCGAGUGGAACUGAAGGCGGUUGCACAAAUCAUUUUGGCUAAGCACUUCAGCACCAAACGUGUAAAACCUUCUGUUUUAUGUGCUCUCUCCGAGAUGGUUAGCAUGCGGUUCGUGAAUGGAGUUGGUCAACGCACAGGACUUAUGGGAAUCGACUAUCCCACAGCACAUUGGCUCGACAAGCAUGGAUGCUACAAAGCUUAUAAGGUGGAGUCUACGGAAGAUCUUACCAAGCCGUUCGUCUCAAUGUACUUUGGUGCAGCCUAUAUGAACUGGUUAUCAGAAUAUGAAGGAAGGGAAAGAGAUCUCCAAUUUGUUGUUCAGGCCUAUCUCUCGGGUCCACAGAAUGUGAACCUUCAAGAAGCGAGUCCUUUGUGGGUUAAGUUUGAAGAAGCAUUGAGCCGGUACCAAGGAACAAGAAGGGAUAACAAUGGCAGCUGCACCAUUAUGUGA